GAAAUGUACUCAGAGAAGGCAUUGGAUGACAAACCCAUGAUGAAUUGUUAGGGCAUGUUGAGUUGGUUCUGUCAAUGCCUGCAGUCAGAUGAUUUCACUGGCUGUACAAGAUGCAAUCUCAUAUUUCAAUGUUUAAGUAAAAGUGUCAAAGUUCAGCUGAAGCAGGGACGAWUACAGAACAAAUUUUGUGUGUAUUUGUAACUAGGGCACCAGAGCAACAGAGGAAGCCAAAAUGAGCCGGAAAAGCAAAAGGAGUUUAAAGGAGAAAUUUUCCUUGAAGAAUAGCAUGGUUAAAGAAGCCCUCUCAGAGUUCCUGGGAACUUUUGUACUGAUAGCUCUUGGAUGUGGGUGUGUGGGACAGGCUGUCCUCAGCCGGGGAGAGCACGGAGGGCCCAUGACAGUAUCGGUGGGAUUUGCCAUGGCAGUCACCAUAGCAGUCUAUGUGUCUGGGGGCGUUUCUGGUGGUCACAUAAACCCAGCUGUUUCAUUAGCCAUGUGCGUGACUGGAAGAUUAAAAUGGACCAAAUUACCAAUUUACAUAUUAGCACAACUCCUGGGAGCAUUCGUUGGAGCAGCGGCUGUCUUUGGGAUUUAUUACAGUGCCCUUAUGGAGUUUAGCGAUGGAAAGCUUGAAGUCACGGGACCUAAUGCCACAGCACAAAUCUUUGCAACAUAUCCAGCUCCCCAUCUAUCCCUCRUAAAUGGAUUUGCAGAUCAGGUGAUGUCAACAGCUUUUCUUCUUCUGGCUAUUUUUGCUAUUUUUGACACCAAAAAUAACAGCGUACCCAAGGGCCUGGAGCCAAUUGCAAUAGGACUUCUUAUAAUUGUUCUUACUUGCUCCUUGGGAAUGAACAGUGGCUGUGCCAUGAACCCGGCCAGGGAUCUCGGCCCAAGGCUCUUCACCGCUGUUGCAGGAUGGGGGAUGGAAGUAUUCACAGCUGGUAAUAAUUGGUGGUGGGUUCCUAUAGUUGCACCUCUGCUGGGAGCUGUACUUGGAGCAAUGAUCUAUGUAAUUUUCAUUGAAAUUCAUCACUCGGAUCAUCAGCCAGGAGAGGAAAAUGAAGCUCAUGCUAAAUAUGAAUUGACCAAUAUGGCGUAAGAAGUGAAGAAUUUUCUACAUCAUUUUGUUGAACACUUUUUAUGCAAAUGGUUGUUUGGACCACUGUAUGAAACCCGUAUGCCUCAAUUAGAAAUACACCUUUCAAAGCAGAAAUUCUGUAUAGAACCUCAAAUUGAAAUCUUUCCACAAAACACUGGACUGAUCACAUCCAAAAUUGGUAUCUUGAGUAUGGGAAGCCUAAAUUGUUCUUUUCAUGGCUUUUAGAUCAAUAUCUCCUAGAUGCAGUUGAAGUGAGAUGAUGCACUGACCUGUUAAUUUGACUCAUGUGAUCUUAAUCACGUUGCCUAAUUAACUGAAAAUAGUAGAUAUUGACACAAAACUGCAUGCAUAGCUAGUAAAUGGGUUCUGUGCUGAACUAACUUGCAAGAGCAUCACUCACAUCAUAACAAUGGCUUGUCUAAACAUUUGAAACAAUACUCAAAUUGGCUAAAUGCCAACUGAAACAGUUUAAAACAACUUAUUAAAUUUUGUGGAGCCACUAUUGAACAGCAAGAAAUCAACUCCUCAGUGAUUAGGUUUAGUAACUCAAUAUAUGAUCAUAAAAGUAAAAAACUGUUGUAAGAUCAGCACCAAAGAGACAGAGGGUAACUUCCGCACAAAGUCUUAGUAGCACUAAUGCUUAGUUAUUUUUAGACUAUUUACUUGACCUUUAUGCUACCCAAUAUUAAAAGCCUUAUGUAGAAUUCUGAUCUGAACCUCUUCCGCUGUGCUUUCUGGAUGCAAUUCAUUCCUGUGGAGAUGGCCCAGCAAGAGGCUUAUGCUGCGCAGUGUUCAGCACAAAGUCUAUGUCUGAAUAAGCUUUAAAGAGUUCUGCUGCUGMUGAUUUACAUAGGUGGAUUUCAUCUGCAUUGUGGGAGCAAUUUUUAAUUUGGUAGYAGUAAUUAAAAUUAGAAACUGGUCUCAGAUGUAGUCCUAAAUCUGAAUUCCCCAAGGAAGGCCAUAUCCACAUCAGAGUUCUGAGUUCUCUCACUAAGGAGAAAUGGUUGGACAUAUACCACUUCCUAAAUAUCCAGCCUUGAAAAUGAAAUUAUUUCUGCUUAAUCAUUAUGAAUUGAAUGUGUCCAGUUAAAUCAAAGUUUAUUUCUGUUAUGUAUACAUCUAUAUAUGGUUGGUGGUGGUGAUCAUGAAUAAACAGACAUCCGAUUCAGCAGUGCUCCUGAGCUACUUUCAUGGGUAAACUUUAGAGCACCAGUUUUAGUUCUCUCAUUUGAGGGUGCUCUUCCCUUUGGAUUCCUGUAACUCUGCUCUCUCAAAUUCCACACUACAUUCCUGAUUUCACUCCUGAAGUGAGGAACCCUUCAUGUUGUUACUAAUAGCCUGUGCACUUCUGUGAGGUAUCUACAGAGGAGGUUUACAAAACACUGUGGUCAGAACCUGCCUCAGCACUUGGGCAGAUCAGGCCUUUGUCACUGCUUGUCUUGAUCCCACUCCCUGGGAUGCUGUGCCAAAUUCAUGGCAGCAAAGGGGCAGAAACAGCAGGUCAAGCAAAGCUUUGCUUGCUGCAGCUUAAAGUCAGAUAUUGCAGUAUACUUGGGGAGUAUAGUCCCAAUUUUAAUUAAGUUUCUAAGAAAACUCACAUAACUGUAAUGAACUCAGGCUACCCAGAGACAUAUCAGCCCUGUGCAAAAUGCUCAUUUGAUUCAGUUGUGUCUCUGCUGUAUCCAUGCAUAUUUGACUGCAUCCUUUUAUCAGUGGCUGGAGAGUCUCAGGAACAAGAAGGGAUGGCUUACAGAAACAGUUCUCAAUCCAAGCAGAGAAGAAUGAAGAGUAAAAAGUAAAAAUUAGUCAUAAUUGUAGACCAUUUAUUGAYACAAUCUAGAUCAUCUGCUCUGCAUAUUGAUAAAUUGCACCACAUAAACCAAGAUGGGGUGUAAAAAUAAUUGCAAACUGAUCCUUUGUUUGCCCCAUCCCUUGGUGAUCCCUGGGGCAGGAGCACUCCCAGGUGGCUGCCAACCUUCUGUCUGCAGAGAGAUUACAGAGGCAGAAACAGUUUGAGGGCUGCCCUCGGGCCUGAAAAACAUUUACUCUUCCAGUGACACCAACAACUAAAAUGAUAUCUGCGCAGAAAGU